AUUGGUGAAGAGUUUGAUUGUCUCUUCGAUCUUUAUUUUUAUUCGUAAUUAAAUCUUUAAAAUGUCAACAAUCUUUAUGUGGCUUAUUUUAAUAAUUAUACUCGUAUUCCUUAUUGCUUUGGAUUUGUUAAUGAAAAAUGAAAGUUUUGAUAAAAUUCCUGGACCACGAGGGAUUUUUUUAUUGCAAAAUUCCUUAGAUUUUCUCACGGAUUCAGCUACAACAUUCCGAUAUUUUACGGAGUUAUGUAAUAAAUAUAAAAAGAUAUUUCGAGUGAAAUUGGGUUUUAGGAAAAUUGUCAUUCUUCACAAUCCUGAAGACGUUGAGAUUCUUAUAUCUGGGACCAAGUAUAAUAAAAAAGGAUUUUUGUACGGUUUCAUUCAGCCAUGGCUCCAAGAUGGCUUGCUUUUGAGCGAUGGAGAAAAAUGGCAUGAGCGACGGAAAAUUUUAACACCAGCUUUCCAUUUUAACAUUCUGCGCAGUUUUAACACAAUUCUGGUUGAAAACUCCGCAAAACUUGUGCAAAGAAUCAAAUUUGAGACAGAAAAGCCCCAAACUGAUAUUAUGGAUAUAGUAACUGAUUUUACAUUAAAAUCUAUAUGCGAAACCGCCAUGGGAACCAGGUUAGAUGAAGAAACAUCAGAGUUCGGCAAAACUUACAAAAAUGCCAUACAUGAAUUGGGAUCAAUUGUUUGCCAUCGAGCCCAAAGGGUUUGGAUGUAUUCUAAUUUUGUAUUUCGAUUCUCACAUUUUGGAAGAUGUCAAAAAAGGAUUCUAGACAUGACUAGUUCAUUUAGAAACAAGGUUAUUCAAAAACGUAGAGAAGAAUUCGUUGAUAUAAAAAAGGAUAUUGAUAAACUUGAUGAAGACCAAAAUGUUUAUGGGAAAAAGAGAUUAGCUAUGUUAGACAUAUUGUUUCAAGCUGAGAAAAAUGGCAGUAUUGACAGAAAUGGAAUAGAUGAAGAAGUGGAUACUUUUAUGUUUGAGGGCCACGACACGACAGCUACAGCACUUCAAUACACUUUUAUGAUUUUGGCUAACCAUCAAGAUAUUCAGGAUAAAAUUGUAGAAGAAACGAAUCAAAUUCUUACCUCCGACCAAACUCCGACCAUAAAUGAUUUAUGUCAAAUGAAAUAUUUGGAAUGUUGUAUUAAAGAGAGUUUAAGAAUGUUUCCACCAGUUUUCUUUGUUUCUAGAAGAAUUGAGAAACCAGUUAAAUUAGCAACUUUUGAAUGCCCAGCUGGUACAGAUGUGAACAUAAUGAUUCGUGAACUACACCACGACUGUCAGCAGUUUAGAGAACCUUUUAAAUUUAUACCAGAAAGAUUUAUGGAGAAACCAACAUGGCACCAGUACGCUUACAUCCCAUUUAGUGCUGGACCAAGGAAUUGUAUUGGUCAAAAAUUUGCUAUGAUGGAGAUGAAAAUUGCAUUAUCCACGGUGCUACGACGUUAUAGAGUCCUACCGAUUACAAAACCAGAUGACAUAAUAUACCUUGCCGAUUUUAUACUCCGCCCAAAAGAGCCUAUUUUAAUCAAAUUUGAAAAACGAGUAACCAAAAUGUUUUUAUCUGUGUAUUUCGUUAUUGGCAUAUUAUGUGUUUUGCAUAUUUUAUUUAAUUACAAUAAAACAGCAAGGAUGAUGAGAAACAUUCCAGGAUUUCGAUUUAAUUUUAUAGUUGGGAACGCAUUAGAAAUAUUAGUGUCGCCAGAGGAAUUAUUCGCUAAGGCAAGAGUUUGGGCAACAAAAUUUCAGGGCAUAUAUGGAUUUUAUGUGUAUCCAAAUAGUUGUAUAAACAUAUACAAUGCAGAAGAUGUUAAAAUAGUACUUUCUUCUUUCAAAUAUCAUCAGAAAAGUAUGAUUUACACGUUAUUGAGACCUUGGCUACAAAAUGGGCUUCUCGUCAGCAAAGGACCACAAUGGCAAGAACGCAGAAAAAUUCUUACUCCUACAUUCCAUUUUAAUAUCUUAAAAAAAUACUAUCCAGCUAUGGUGGACAAUACGGAACGUCUUUUGAAAGUAUUAGAUAAAAUAAAUGAAUUAGCAACGGAUAUACCCCCUGUCAUAUCGGAAUUUACUUUGACAACCAUUUGCGAAACAGCGAUGGGAACAAAGCUACACGAGGACGCUGGUGGCAAAAAGUACAAAGACGCUAUCCACGAUAUAAAGAAUGUAUUAUUUCAAAGAUUCGUUUAUGUUCCACUUGCUAUAGACUUUAUAUUUCGUUUAACGCCUUUAUACAAACGCCAUCAAAAAUCUCUAUCGACCAUUCAUAAAUUCACUCAGAACGUAAUAAAAAAUAGAAAGGGACAGCUCAAAGAUAUUUCAGAAACGAAUGCUGUCAAUGACGAUACUGAUAAAGAUUCCCACUAUGGGAAAAACCGGACAGCAUUUUUAGAUUUCUUGAUAUCAGCGCAAAAGGAAGGAUUAACAGAUGAUAUUGGUAUUCAAGAAGAAGUAGACACUUUUAUGUUCGAAGGUCACGAUACUGUAUCAUCUGCCAUAACGUUUUGUCUACUAUUGUUAGCAGAGAAUAAAGCGAUACAGAACAGAGUAGUAGAUGAACUAAAAACAAUAUUUAUGGGCAACACAAGAACCGCUACAUUGGAAGAUUUAUCGUCAAUGCACUAUCUCGAAUGCUGCAUCAAAGAAAGCAUGAGGUUGUAUCCACCAGUGCCAUUUAUCAGUCGAAAACUACCAGAAGCCGUCACUUUAAGUAACUACGUGGUGCCGAAAGGAUCGAUGUGCCACAUACAUAUCUUUGACCUUCAUCGGCAAGAAAGUUUAUUCGCAAAUUCUUUAAAAUUUGAUCCAGACCGCUUCCUGCCGGAAAACAGUGUGGGUAGACACCCCUACGCCUAUAUCGCGUUUAGUGCUGGCCCAAGAAAUUGUAUUGGUCAAAAAUUUGCCAUGAUGGAGAUGAAGUUAGUUUUAUCAUCCAUACUUAGAAGAUUUGAAAUUAAGCCCGUCACAAAAUGUGAAGAUUUAAAGUUUACAGCUGAUAUAAUUUUGAAGAAUUCAAAACCGAUAAAGAUGAAGUUCAUCCGAAGGCUUGGUGAAAAUAUGAUCUACCUUGUUAAUAAAAUGUUUACAAUUAUACUAUUUACAUUAGUGGGGAUAUUAUGUUUGGUGGAAUUGUUAGUUAAUUAUAAUAAAAACGCUAGAACUAUGAAGAAAAUUCCAGGCUUUAAAGAUGUGUUUUUUUUUGGAAAUUCCACUGUUGUUUUUGGAAUGGAUUCAGUCGGAUUGUUCAAGUUUGGUAGGGAAUGUGCUAAAAAAUUCAAUGGAAUUUAUAGAUUCUACAGUUUAUCCCUAGGAGCAGUUAAUGUUUAUAAUCCCAAUGACGCUGAGAUUGUCAUGUCAACGAUGAAGCAUCAUGAGAAAAGUACUAUUUAUAAAUUUUUCAAACCAUGGCUUCAUGAAGGUUUAUUGGUAAGCAAAGGAUCAAAAUGGCAAGAACGAAGAAAAAUUCUAACGUCAGCAUUUCAUUUCAACAUUUUGCGCAAAUAUUUUCUCAUUAUUGAAGAAAAUAACCAAAAGCUGGUAAAUGUAAUGGAAAAAUACAGUGGCAAAUCCGUCAAUAUCGUUCCAAUAUUGAGCGAAUACACCCUUAACUCUAUAAGUGAAAGUGCAAUGGGGGUAGAGCUUGAUAACGACCCCAUGUAUUCAGGACUUACAUAUAAGAACGCAGUAUACGAAACAAUUAAAGUUUUUGUCUAUCGUUUCAUGCGAAUUUACCUCUAUCCAGACUUUUUGUUUAACGUGUGUCCUAGUGGCAUCAGACAGGCGCGAUAUUUAUCGAUUAUUCAUAAGUUUAUCAGGAAUGUUAUUAAUAAAAGGAAACAAAAUUUUCAUAAUAAUGAAAUAGAAAACGAUACCUUAGCUGACAAUGAUCAUUACGUUUAUAAGAAGAAAACACGAGCAGCAAUGUUAGAUUUGCUGAUCUCAGCUGAGAAGGAAGGUUUGAUUGACGAUGAUGGGAUUUUAGAAGAAGUUAACACUUUCAUGUUUGAGGGUCAUGAUACAACAGCGGCCGGCUUGACAUUUUGUUUAUUGACAUUAGCCGAGAAUCAAGAUGUUCAGGAAAAAGUUUAUCAAGAAUUGCAAAGUAUAUUUAACGGAAGGGAAGAUGUAACAUUAGAAGAUUUAACAAUGAUGAAUUAUUUAGAACGAUGCAUAAAAGAAAGUAUGCGAUUGUACCCGCCUGUUCCGUUUAUUAGCCGCACUUUGAGUGAAACAGUUAAAUUGAGUAACUACACAGUGCCUGUAGGAACUAUGUGUCACAUUCACAUAUAUGACAUGCAUCGUCAGGAAAGCUUAUUCAAGAACGCUGAAAAAUUCGAUCCUGACCGUUUCCUACCUGAAAACAGUGUUGGACGACAUCCUUACUCUUACGUCCCCUUCAGUGCAGGACCUAGAAAUUGUAUAGGUCAAAAGUUCGCAAUGAUGGAGAUGAAGUCAGCGCUAUCAGCUUUAGUGAAAAAGUACAAGCUGUUGCCAGUUACAACAUCGAAAGAUCUUGAGUUUACAGCGGAUUUAGUUUUACGAACUGCAAAACCUAUAUAUCUUAAAUUUAUUAAAAGACAUUGAUGAUUUAACAGAUUGCUAUUAUAUCAGAUUGUUUAAACCUGCCGAAACUAAAAAAAGUUUAUGAUAUUUAAAUAAAAUAUUGCAUUAUAAA